AUGAAGGGAGUACAUACAGCUCUUGGUGGCGUCGUUGUGACAUUUAUUGCUCUGGUCCAAGGAAAUUCCGACAUCGUUUCUCUCUCUACCAAUGGUGCAGCCUAUAUUCAAGAGGCUAGUGCCACUCUCAUUCUCCCCAAGCUUCCUAGCUCCGUCUCGGGAGAUGUCUCCAUAUGGAGUGCCAUUAUGAUGGAACAGCAUGCGUACUUCCUGCAAGGCGUUACUUCCAACUCCCCUAGCGGGUCGUACUGCAACAACGGGGGAAAUAGUUGGUGCAACUUCGCGUUUUCCCUGGUUGGCAUGACUCCUACGGCUGGUGAUCCUGUCACUGCUUCUCCCGGGUCCACAAUCAGAACGCACUACAAGUUGAACUCAGCGACCAACCUCUGGGACCAAAACGUUUAUGUAAACGACAAACUCGCCUCUUCUGUCUCAUCCAGCAAAGGACAGAAGGGAAACCUCUUUUACAUCUCUAUUGAAUGCGCGUCUGGCAGCUGCGCUGCGCACCCCGCUCAUAGCUGGGAGGAUAUCUCGAUUGUGCUCAGUCAGGCCGACAAAAGUUUUGGGCACACCGGAGGUUGGAAGUAUGGUGCUACCGGCGGCGAAAUGUCAUCCCCCGACGGUGGCAAGACUUGGAACUUCAGCACCCUCAAUGUCCCAGCGCAGAAGGCUGGAUGA